AUGGUAGAUUACAGUAAAUGGGACAACAUCGAGAUUAGUGAUGAUGAAGAUGAUACUCAUCCUAAUAUCGACACUGCUAGUCUUUUCCGUUGGCGUCACCAAGCAAGAUUGCAACGAAUGGAAGAAGCAAAAAGUGAAAAAGAUGAAUAUCGUCAACAACGAGAAAAGUUACUCGAACAGACGAAAGAAAAGGAUACCACUGAAUUGAAUCAUUACAAGACUCGAUUAUCAGAAUUAUUGGAGGAAAUAAACCAACUCGAAGAAAAACGAAAAGAAUUAGAAAGAAAAGAAAUAAAAACACCUUGGAACGUGGACACAUUAAGCCGCGAAGGCUUUAAGAAAACGAUUAUCAAUAAGCCAAACCAAGAACAGGAAGGAAGUACAGAGCAAUUAUCAGAUGAAGACAAGUCUAAAUUAUGGGUUAACUUUAUUAGUAAGCAUCAAGUUAAAUUAGAAAAAUUUGCUGAUAUGGAAGCAAAUUGGGACUCUACAAAAGGAUAUUUAACGGAGAACCCUGUCCUGUUAUGCGAAGAAGCAGCUAAUUUCUUAGCACUUUUGUGUAUAGACUUAGAACUAGAAGAGGAUAAAGAGAAACUUCACAAAGUUGCUUUUCAUACAGUUACCAUGCAUUUCAUUUUGGAACUGGCAAAGCAAUUGAAGACGAAUCCCCGAGCAACAGUAGAAGCAUUUUUUAAACGAAUUCAAAAGGCUGAUAAGCAAUAUCUAGAUGCAUUUUUUGAUGAACUGAGAUCGUUUAAGGAUAGAGUGAAAGACCGUGCCCAAGCAAGAAUUAAAAAAGCAGAAGAGGAAGAAAGGCAAAAACGGUUAGGCCCUGGUGGUCUUGACCCUGCUGAAAUUUUCGAAUCUAUGCCUACGGAAUUACAAGAGUGUUUCGAAUCUAAAGACAUUCCAAAGUUGCAGGCAGUACUAAGCGCAAUGCCAAAAGAGGAAGCCGAAGAUUGGUUGAAUAAAGCUAUUGCUUCUGGUUUAUGGAUACCCAACGCUGACGAAGGACGUGAUGACAUCGGAAAUCACGGUACUCCAAACACCUCUGACCAAUAA